AUGGCCUUCGCGCAAGAGCUUCUCCUCUUUCACUUUCACUCGACGGAUCAUGUAGGCCUAGAGGGACAAUACCAUUUGCUCCUUCAACAAGUGGUUAUGGUGUGCCUAUUUUCGACUCUUUUAAGCAUAUGGUUGCCUAAGAGUUUCAUGUUAUGUUACAUUAGGUCACUUGGUGUGAUAUUUCAAGGCCUUUGGCUCAUUGUAACCGGUUUCAUGCUAUGGACUCCAGAUUUCGCUCCAAAAGGGUGCUCGAUGAAAAAGGGUCAUUUUGGUCGGAAUGUGAUUAAGUGUGACGAUCAUGAAUCAUUACAUCGCGGUAAGGCGUUGGUUAACAUUUUGUUUAGUUGGUUUUUCAUAGGUAUGAUGGUUUUUGGCGUGGUUUGUUAUUUGGUUGUAAACAAAGUUUACGGCGUAAGUAAAGUCAUGGAAGAUGAUGAGGAGGACUUGACAUGGGAAAUGGAAGAUAGGCAAAGAUUUCUACACAGAAACAGGGUUUUACCCACUGAUUUGGAAGAACUGUAA